UUACCACAGCCAUGGUGGCUUAUCCGGAUCAGAAUCUGAAUCCGGUCUGAAUUUUAGUUGAAAUGACUAAUCCACCGAAGUUUGUGGGCAAUGGAUUGGAAGAACUGAAAGUUCCUGGACAAGCUUAUCUUCGUGAUGCACUCCCUUCUUGUACAGACCCCCUAAAAGCCAUUGAGAAUUUUCAAUUAGAAAAUGGCAUCCUAUUACCAUCUCUUCGCCCAAUGUUACCUCUACUUGACCUUCAUGGAGUACGGCGGCUGGAUUUUCAUACGUCGGUUUUGGAGGAGCUCCGUGAGAAAUUAAUUGCUGAAAUAAAUAAACUUGGAGCAAAGGAAGGAUGAGAAAGAAUUUUCGAUAAACUUCUUAAAGAAAGCUUUCCUGUCGUAAGAGUGCGUGCGCUAAGUAAAAAGGCAAAUUUGGAGAGAUAAUCAAUCACUUUUUGGAGACGAAGUAUCACCACUUUUAUCGCAAUAUAUACGAGAAAAAGAGCAUAUCCUGUUUGAUCAUAUGAACCUUAACAACCUGUUCUUUACGCCAUCUCCUAAGUUACGACGCCAGGGAGAAGUGGUCCAGAAACUAGCUAAUAUGAUCGGGAACAAUGUUAAAUUGUAUGAUAUGGUGCUCCAAUUUUUGCGUACAUUAUUUCUGCAUACCAGAAACGUGCAUUACUGCACUCUAAGGGCAGAAUUACUGAUGGCACUACACGAUCUUGAGGUUCAAGAUAUUAUUUCCGUAGAUCCAUGUCACAAGUUCACAUGGUGUUUGGAUGCAUGUAUACGUGAGAAAAAUGUUGAUAUCAAGCGAUCACGGGAGCUACAAGGUUUCUUAGACAAUAUUAAGAGAGGUCAAGAACAAGUACUUGGGGAUCUAUCAAUGACCUUAUGUGAUCCCUAUUCCAUCAACUUCUUAGCAACAUCUGCAAUCAAAAUUCUACAGCACCUUAUUAACAAUGAGGGUUUGGCCAGAGAUAAUACCAUUUUAAUUCUCUUACUGAGAAUGCUUGCCCUAGGACUUAGUGCAUGGGUCAUGAUCGAUUCCCAGGAAUUUAAGGAGCCAAAAUUAGAUAGCCAGGUUGUGACAAAAUUCUUACCAGCUCUCAUGUCUCUGAUAGUGGAUGAUCAGGUACGACAUUUAACAGCUCGUCUUCCCCCAGACGAGCGCGAAAGUGCUAUUACAACAAUUGAACACUCUGGUCCAGCUCCAGAUGCUGUGGAAGCGUAUAUACAAGAGAGUACAGUGGCAUCUAUAUUAGGUAUGUACUAUACAUUGCACACUGCUCGUCAGAAAGAUCGGGUUGGCAUUUUACGUGUCUUGACUAUUCUUGCAUGUUGUAAGGAU